AUGCCGUCGUCAUCAGAGGAAGAUAUUUCUAUCGCCUCGGCUUCUCCCGUCGAAAUGUCUCCCGUCUCGGGCACGCCCCGGACCUCCGCCACACAGCAUGGGUCUUCGUCGAAUUCGUCGAACACCACCCCCCCCGUCGUCGGUUCUCAGACCCCCCGUGUCGGCCCCGCAGAGAAGAGCGUCUACUCCAAGAGCGGGUUCGACAUGCUGCGCGCCCUGUGGUACGUGGCGACACGCGAGAACCCCGAAGUCCACCUCGGGGCCGUCGACAUGUCCUGUGCCUUUGUGGUCUGCGACGUGACCCUGAACGACUGCCCCAUCGUCUACGUCUCGGACAACUUCCAGAACUUGACGGGCUACAGCCGGCACGAGAUCCUGGGCAAGAACUGCCGCUUCCUCCAGGCGCCGGACGGCCAGGUCGAGGCGGGCGCCAGGCGCGAGUUCGUCGACAAUGCCGCCGUGUUGAAUCUCAAGGAGAAGGUUGCGGCGGGCCGGGAGGUCCAGCAGAGCCUGAUCAACUACCGGAAAGGCGGCAAGCCGUUUCUCAACCUGCUCACGAUGAUCCCCAUCCCGUGGGAUGACCCGGACGAGAUCCGCUACAUCGUCGGCUUUCAGAUCGACCUGAUCGAGUGCCCCGACGCCAUCGCCCCCGGCCAGGACAUGGGCGGCGUCCAGGUCAACUACAAGCACGGCGACAUCGGCCAGUACAUCUGGACGCCCCCCAGCUCGAGCCAGUGGGAGCCCGACAACGACCAGACCCUCGGGAUGGACGACGUGUCGGCCCUGCUGCAGCAGCUGAACCGCAAGGGCCCCGUGUCCUCCGACUGGCACCGCCAAUCCUGGGACAAGAUGCUCCUCGAGAACACCGACGACGUGGUGCACGUCCUCUCCCUGAAGGGCCUGUUCCUGUACCUGUCGCCGUCUUGCAAGCGCAUCCUCGAGUACGACGCCGCCGAGCUGGCCGGGAGCGCUCUGUCGACGGUGUGCCACCCGUCCGACAUCGUCCCCGUGACGCGAGAGCUCAAGGACACGGCGGCCGGGAACUCGGUCAACAUCGUCUUCCGCAUCCGGCGCAAGAACAGCGGCUACACCUGGUUCGAGAGCCACGGGUCCCUGUUCGUCGAACAGGGCAAGGGGCGGAAGAGCAUCAUCCUCGUGGGCCGCAAACGGCCCGUCUUCACCCUCAGCAGACGGCACCUCGAGGCCCACGGCGGCAUCGGGGACAGCGAGCUGUGGACGAAGCUAUCCACCUCGGGCAUGUUCCUCUUCGUUUCGUCCAACGUGCGUUCCCUCCUGGACCUGCAGCCGAACGACCUCGUCGGGACCAGCAUCCAGGACCUGAUGCGCAAGGAGUCGCGCCCCGAGUUUGGCCGGACCGUCGAGAAGGCGAGGCGGGGCAAGACCGUCACGUGUAAACACGAAGUGCAGAACCGGAGGGGCCAGGUGCUGCAGGCCCAGACCAUCCUCUACCCGGGGGAUGCCUGCGAGGGGCAGAAGCCGACGUUCCUCCUCGCGCAGACGAAGCUCCUCAAGGCCACCUCCCGCGCCAUCGCCAUCGCCCCCGCGACGAGGAGCCCGCCGCCCGGGAGCGUAGUCUCGGCGGCGCACAGCAGUUCGCACAAUAGUAGCAGUACUACUCCUACUACUACUGCUGCUGCGGCGGCGGCGGCGGGACAGCUCGUGGCAGGCUCGCAGGACGCGACGCUGGCGGCGGACGACAACGUCUUCGACGAGCUGCGGACGACCAAGUGCUCGAGCUGGCAGUUCGAGCUGCGGCAGAUGGAGAAGGUGAACCGCAUCCUGGCCGAGGAGCUGGGCGGGCUGCUGUCGAACAAGAAGAAGCGGAAGCGGAGGAAGGGCGUGGGGAACGUGGCGCGCGACUGCGCCAACUGCCACACGCGGAACACGCCCGAGUGGCGCCGGGGUCCCAGUGGGCAGCGGGAUCUGUGUAAUAGUUGUGGUCUGCGGUGGGCUAAGCAGACCGGUCGAGUCUCACCCCGCAACUCCUCUCGGGGAAACAACAACACCGACGCCGGUAGCAAACGAUCCAACUCGCCCGGUCGGCCGUCGUCCUUGCAUAAAGGCAACGGAGGAGGAGGAGGAGCAAAGUUCAAUAACACUGCCAACAACGCUGCCAACAACGCUGCCAACAACGCUGCCAACAACAUACAUGCCGCGAUGCCGCCCCCCAGCAAACCUCGCCUGGAAGGGGGCAGCGGCGCGGGGAUCACGUCGAUUCGCGAAGAGCGCGAGAAUACCGGUCUAUGA